UUCUUUUCCUUGUAGAAUAGGGAUUUUAUUUUCCUUGUUUUUAGUUAUUUCCUUUCUAGAGUAGAAUAUGGAUUUGUAGUCAUAAAAGAAGAGAACCUAGGCCUAUAUAAAGGGUUCUCAUGACUUGUAAAUAUACUAUUCACGUUUUGAGCAGAAACCUAAAUUUUGCAAUAGAGUUAUUUUCUCUAUUUGGUGUUCUUUAUCCUUGUUUUUGGUUCCAAGCAAGGUGGUGAUAGUCUUUAUCUUGUUUUCAAUAGCGUGUGGUGUUUCUUUAUCACGUUAAUUGAUUUCAAGUGGUGACUUAGGAACUUUAUUUGUUUUGAUCAUUCAAGAACGCGGUUCUUGAUUAAAAUUCGUUCUAGUUCAUACCCAAAACCUUAAUUUUCUUUCCAUCGUGCCGGCCUCAAUACUUACUUGAUUUAAACGAUUCAAUAGUUAUUUUUAUAGUUCAGAUUGUCAUCUUUCACAUAGCUUUUGAAUCACUUUAAUCCAACGCCUAUAACUUGAGAUACGCCCGUUUCUUGAAUCUGCCCAUCAAAUCGCUUCAAGAACAAGAUCCUGGUCGAUUGGUUCUUUGUUAACUCGAAGAAUCACAUCAAUUUGGUAUCAGAGCACAGUUGAGUAAUUUCAUGGAUUAUAUGCAAGAAAGAAGAGGACGUUGGGUUCAAGAAGAUGAAAAGAAAAGGGAAUCUCUUUUCCGCACUAGAUGUACCUCACAUGGUAAGGUAUGUUCGGUGAUCAUUGAUAAUGAGAGUCAUAUUAAUGUUGUUUCUGAAGAGAUGGUUUCUAAACUUGGCUUGUCAACCAAGCAUCAUCCAUAUCCUUACAGCAUAGAAUUUGAGAAUGGUGAUGGCAUAGAGGUAACUCGUCAAUGCCUAGUUUCUUUUUCUAUUGGCAAAAUAUAUAACGAUCUUGUUUGGUGUGAUGUAACAAAGAUGGAUGCUUGCCACUUAUUACUUGGAAGACCAUGGGUGUAUGAUAGGGGUGCUAAGUAUGAUGUAUACCGUAAUAACUAUUCUUUUACAAAGGAUGGGCAAAAAAUCAAUUUGGUUCCCUUGAAUCCAGAAGAUAUUGCUAAAAAAUCCAAGUGCGUUGAUGAUUCUUUUGUGACCAAAUUACAAAUCAUUGGUCCCAUCAAUGUGGAACAGCAAACGGAGGAGAAGAAAGAAUUAGAUCCACAAGUUGAGGAUUUACCUCCAAAGUUUGAUGAGGAUCCAUUGGAGCAUCCAACUAUUUGUGAGAUUGACUUUCCAUCUUUAAGUGAUUUCAAAAAGAAUCCAGAUUUUGUUUCCUACUCCACACCAACUAAUGCAGUGUAUUGCAUAGGACCAAUAGUGUAUGAAUAUUUGAAAGAGAAAGAGAAUGAGUUGCUGAAAAAUGAGUCCAUGAACGAGAGUUUAAUUUAUGAUCUAGUUCGAGCAAGAUUUAUUCCUCAAAAGGUUGAAUCUUUGCAAGAAAGUGUAGAUUUAAUAUCUCUUAAUUUCAUUGAGGUUAGUGGCUAUAAUCAUGUCAAAUAUGAGAGCAUCAAAAUCAUCAAGGAGCUCAUAAGAAGACAUGAUUUAUUCUCUAACCCUGAUCCAAAGGUUCAUGAAUUUGAUUUAUUUAAAGGUUUUUGUGGCACUAACUCAGAUUUUGCAUGCAAAUACCACAUCGACACGGAAGUGUUCAAGAUUUAUGAAGAUCAAAAGGAAAUAAGUUAUGAUCAUGGUUUACACAUUGAAGAUCAGUUUAAGAUGAUAUGUUUGAGAAAUCAUGGUAUAAAGUUACCACUAAGAAAGUGGGAUUUAGUUCGGCCAUAUGCAAAGUUUUCUUUGAACAUGAUGAAGCUCUAUGAAAAGUUAGAAAAAUGCAACUUAGAGCCUGGUAAGUAUGGGUUGUUCCCAAUUUUUUUUUUUUUUUGGGGCUAAUCUUUCACCGUUUAUGGAGCCUUUAGACUCGAGGACGAGUCUUUCUCAACAAGGGGAGAAUGAUGAAAGAUGAAGAAGAUCAAGAAAUCCAAGAAAAUCAAGAAACACAAGAUUGAAAUUCAAGAAAAAGAAA